GAACAGUGUGUGCACCGGGAACGGGAUAGAAUCGGGAUAGUGGGAGCUGGACAGUGUGUGCACUGGGAACGGGAUAGAAUCGGGAUAGUGGGAGCAGGACAGUGUGUGCACUGGGAACGGGAUAGAAUCGGGAUAGUGGGAGCACGACAGUGUGUGCACUGGGAACGGGAUAGAAUCGGGAUAGUGGGAGCAGGAUAGUGUGUGCACUGGGAACGGGAUAGAAUCGGGAUAGUGGGAGCAGGAUAGUGUGUGCACUGGGGACGGGAUAGAAUCAGGAUAGUGUGAGCAGGAUAGUGUCUGCACUGGGGACGGGACAGAGUCUGGAUUUGGAACAAAAGCAGAAGUUGCUGGAAAAGCUCAAUAGGUCUGGCAGCAUCUGUGUAGAAAAUAUCAGAAUUAACGUUUCGGUUCCGGUGACCCUCAGAACUGGAUCAGUCUGGAUUUGUUUGGGUAUAGAGCCUGUACUGGGAACAGGAUAGAGGCUGGAUUUGGAUGGGCAUAGAAUCUGGGCUGACUUGAAUCUGGGCUACAGUCUGGAUUGCAACUGAAAAUCGAGUCUGGACCAGAAUCAGAGUAGAGUCUGUACAAAGAGUGGAGAUAGUCUGCACAGGGAUAGCAUCUGAACUUGGAGCAGGAUAGAUUUUCAUUGAGACGAAGAUUGGUUCUGGGGCAGAGUCGGGACUGGCUUUGCGAUAAUAUCUGGACUGAGAUCAAAAGCUGGAAAUAUAGGGUCGGUGCUAAGGCGCGAAAGGGACUGGGAACAGAAUAGUGACUGUGACAGAAACUAGCGCUGGAUCCACGGCAAGACCGGGGCCUUAACUGGAAUUAGUGCUAGAGCUGCUAUCAGCCUGCUGCACGGUUGUUGGGUGAGUUUGGAGACCCUGUGUGCAGAAUGAUCAGGAACGUUUGGAGAGACCCUGUGCAGGACGCGCCACUCACUCCCAGGCCCCACCUCAGUGCGGAGGAGCAGAAAACUGCCUCUCCAGAGGAUCUGUUACCCUGUUCAGCGGGUCAGCAGGAUAUGCCCCAGCUCGAAAAGCUGCAGCAGCAGCAGCAGCAGCCAAGCGUGGAGUGUAUGGUUUGUGGGGACAAAUCCAGUGGCAAACACUAUGGACAGUUCACCUGUGAAGGCUGCAAGAGCUUCUUCAAGAGGAGCAUCCGCAGGAAUCUGAGCUACAGCUGCAGGGGUAGCCGGAACUGCCCUGUUGACCAGCAUCACCGUAACCAGUGUCAGCAUUGCCGCUUCAAGAAGUGUCUGAAAGUUGGCAUGAGACGAGAAGCAGUUCAGAGAGGCAGACUGGCUCACACUCAGUCCAACCAUGGACAGUAUAGCCUCAACAAUGGUGAUGGCUUCACCAGCCCUUCUUACCUCUCCGGCUUUAUCUCAUUGCUGCUGCGGGCAGAACCCUACGCAAUGUCUCGCUAUGGCAGCCAGUGCAUGCAGCCCAGCAGCAUGAUGGGCAUUGAGAACAUCUGCGAGUUUGCGGCUCGCCUCCUUUUCAGUGCCGUGGAGUGGGCCAGGAAUAUCCCCUUCUUCCCCGACCUCCAGAUCUCGGACCAGGUGGGGCUUCUGCGACUGACCUGGAGCGAACUGUUUGUGCUGAACGCGGCACAGUGCUGUAUGCCGCUGCAUGUGGCCCCUCUAUUGGCUGCUGCUGGCCUCCAUGCCUCCCCGAUGUCGGCAGAGCGUGUUGUGGCGUUCAUGGAUCACAUUAGGAUCUUCCAGGAGCAAGUGGAGAAGCUGAAGCUGCUACAUAUGGACUCGGCGGAGUAUUCCUGCCUGAAAGCAAUUGCCCUUUUCACCUCAGAUGCCUGUGGUCUUUCGGAUCCCACCCAUGUGGAGAACCUUCAGGAAAAAUGCCAGUGCGCCCUGGAGGAUUAUACCCGCAACCAGUACCCCAACCAACCCAAUCGCUUUGGCAAGCUGCUGCUCCGGUUACCUUCCCUGCGUGUGGUUUCCUCCCCUGUCAUCGAGCAAUUGUUCUUUGUGCGUCUGGUGGGUAAGACCCCAAUUGAAACUCUUAUCAGGGACAUGCUGCUGUCUGGUGCCAGCUUCACCUGGCCUUACAUGCCGAUCCAGUAAUGGGGCAGAGAGUGGGAGGAAGUGCUUAACAGGGCUUUGCUGCAAAGACAUUUUGGCCAAGAGAUUGGACAAGAACUAACAUGGAUUUUAAAGCAGUUUUGAGCUUUCCUGUGGGCUGGGGUCUUAAGGCCUGUUGAUAUUGGAUGACAGGGGUCACGUUUUCCAUAUGAUGAAACUUUUCCUGGAGUCAGAACUUUGGUAACACGCAUUGCUGGAACAAGGGAUAUCAAGCCCAGUUUUGAAUAAACCUAAAUGAAUUGAAAUG